UAUCUGAUUCGUAAGCAGUGAAAAAAAUUAUAAGGCUAAAUUCGUAAUAAAAUACGUGACCAAAAAAUUUAAAGUUAGGCCUAUGUAAAAAAGGUUUUACAAUGUAAAUGGUAGAAAAAUAUUAAAAAAAAAACCUUUAUAAUAAAAAAUAGAAGCAUUUUGUGUUGAAUACACGGAUAAUUAACGAAAUGGAUGAUAAUUUAUGGCUUAUUGAGUUAGAGUCAGCGCUCUUAGAUGACUGUAAUGUUAACGACAUAUAUGCUAUUUGCCGAGGCAAAGCAAUUCCCGAAUCAUUGCGUCCUGACGUUUGGCAAGUGUGCCUCGAUGUGCGUCACAAAAGCGAUCAAAUGUCGUUGUUCAAUGAAAUUUUUGAUUUACCUUUUCAAAAUACGUUACGUGAAGACUGUCAAGCGAUUGUGGAUCGAAUUGGAAAUGAUGAUGAAGACAAAGUGUCAGUAAUUUCCGAUUUGGAGUCGAUCCUCACAUUUUAUUGUAAAAAUCGAAAUUUUUUGUAUGAAAGUGAUAAUGGUUGGAUUGAACUAUUGUUACCUUUGUUGGCACUCAAGUUAAAUCGAUCUGACACCUACAACUUAUUUGAGGCAAUAAGAGACACAUACAUACCUAAAGGCUGCAAACCAAAAGGAAACGUGUUUCAUGUUUUUCGCUUACUUAUACUAUAUCAUGAUCCUGAAUUAUGUACAAUGUUAGAUACGAAAAAAAUUACACCAGAUCUAUACUCAAUGCAAUGGUUCCAAUGUUUAUUCGCUUCGAGCUGCAGCCUUACCGUCAUUCUCUCGAUGUGGGAUUUAUAUUUUCAACAUGCAGAUCCCUUUAUGGUAUUCUUCUUGGCAUUGAUUAUACUUGUCAACGGGCGUGACUUAAUAUUGGAAAUGAAAGAUGCAACAAAAGAAGAUUUAAUAAAAUUUCUUUCAAAUAUGCCUUGCGCUUUGGAACCGGAUGAUGUAGUUGACUUUUGUUCGUUAGCUCAAUACUACUCCGUUAAAACCCCUAGUUCAUUCAAAACGGAUUUUUUAAAAGCGCUUUAUGGUUCGCAAGGUGAAAAGGCACCUCACAUUGAACCCUGCAGUGUUUCGCAGGCCUUGUGUCUUCCAGUUUCCGUCUAUGAAUUAGUGGAAAAUUCAUCUUUAGAAUUAAAUACAUCCGACACAGUACGUUUUUUCUUGGUUGAUUGUCGUCCGGCAGAGCAAUACAAUGCCGGACACCUUUCCACGGCAUUUCAUCUUGAUUGUAAUUUAAUGUUGCAAGAACCUUUGGCUUUUUCUACGGCGGUACAAGGGUUGUUAAAUGCACAGCGCCAGGCAAUUGAAGCAAACUCUAACGCGGGAGGUGAGCAUCUUUGUUUCAUGGGAAGUGGCCGGAUGGAGGAAGAUCAAUAUACACAUAUGGUGGUCGCUUCAUUUUUACAAAAGAAUACUCAGUACGUAUCGUUGCUGACUGGAGGUUAUUUGUCCAUUCACGAUUAUUUUGGAGACCACAUGACAGAUUGCCUAGAGGAUCAUAAUGUAAAAAAGUGCAUUGUUUGUUCUAAAAAUAAUGUAGAACUUAGGAAUUCAGGGAGAAUAAGACAAACACAUGAGGAUAAACGGGAUCAACCACGACCAACCUCCGAUAUUUUUAGCCGAUUUUCUGCUGUAAUGAAAUUGAAAUCUUCAGAAGUAAAGGAGAAGCUCUUCGAUAUCAUUACAAAUCCAUCAAAUGGUGCCACUGUUAAUCCCCAUUCGAAUUUGGGCCAGUCGACCAUUCAGGAUCGACAUGUUUCUGCUACUGAACGCAAUGGAAAACGUUAUCGUAAUGUAGCACCGGUAUUUAGCAUUGACGACGAGAAUGAUGACCAUUAUAACGACAAUGAAGUGAAAGAUUCACCAGAUUUGAUCAGUUCUAAAUUGGCAGGUGAUGCUAAAGAAAUUGUCAGUUUAACUCAGUAUUUAAAGUCGCCAGAUAUAAUUAAUGCGUUUCGUUGUCAAGAAGUUCACAUGAAUGGGUAUAUGUACGAUAGUCAUUUAAUAAUAUCGGCGACGCACUUGAUUGUAUUACGAGAACUCGGGCGCGGGCAAGCUCAGAUUAUAGUUCGACGUCCCCUAUCAAGUAUAGUUAAAAUAACUGCAAAGAAACGUCAUCGUGAUUUGAUCACAUUCAAAUACGGAUUCCCCGAUGGAGAUGGACUACUUAUAACUGACAUGGACCGAUUUCUUAUUCCGAACGCUAGUGAAGCUACUGCUAUUGUAUCGAAAUACAUUGUUCAAACACUAGACGGCUCUAAAUUAACGUAAUGGAACAUUACCAUCUUAUAUUUUACUAACAGCUAAUUGCAUUGAGUGAUGACGAUUUAUAGGUUUUGUUUAUUUUGUAAAAAACGUAUACUAUAUAUAAUAACAUAUAAAAUUAAAAAAAAACAUCAAUAUGUGUAUGCCAUAAAGAACCUUUUAAUAGAUAUUUUCUUUUAUUAA